GCGAGUGGCUGACAGGAGGGGCCGGCAGCUCCGGCACUCCUGGCGCCCAGGCCGGCGGGCGCGCUUGCGGGGAUUCCGUUCCGCGCCGAGCUCUCGAGCGGAGUCCCGGUGUGGCCGGAGGCGGCGGCGGCGCGAUGUGCUCGGCCGGGGAGCUGCUGCGGGGCGGCGCCGGCGGCGGGGAGCUCGACGAGGACGGGGCGGCGCCGGCGGAGCGGGCGGAGGAGCGGGAGCAGCGGGCGAGCCCGCGGCGCGGGCGGCCGCAGGACGGGAGCGAGCAGGAUGUUGAAGAAUCACAAAAUCACAUUGGCGAGCCCGUUGGAGAUGACUACAAAAAGAUGGGAACACUUUUUGGUGAACUCAACAAAAACCUCCGCAACAUGGGAUUCACAAGGAUGUAUUUUGGAGAACGAAUUGUGGAACCGGUAGUGGUCAUUUUCUUUUGGCUUAUGCUAUGGUUCCUUGGCCUACAAGCCCUUGGACUAGUUGCUGUUCUUUGCCUUGUCAUCAUUUAUGUACAGCAGUAAAACAUUGGACAUUUAGUAGCAUAUAUGUAACUGAUUGAGCUAUAUACUUGGGCUUUUUGAAAGCCCAAAGAGUGUGACAUAUUUCAUACUGUGUACUGGCUGUUUUGUAAUUAAAAUUAUAAAUGAAUGUUCUUUAAAAUUCAACUUUGUUAUAACAAGGAUGAAUAUAUAUAUAUAUAUAUAUAUAUAUAUUAGCUUAUUAAAAUUCUUUUUCACUCCUGUGAUCUAUACCUACCUUUAGACACCUGCUUCCCCAUGCCCAAUCUGAACAUAACCAGACAGUGAGAGGGGAAUAGCAUGGCAUGGAGUCUCAGAGAAGCAGUGUAAUUCUUGUUAAGUUCCAAUAAAAACACUUUGAAAGAAAAUGGGAAAAGUAGCUAAGAAUAAGGUUUAAUUGGAAAACUGUUCCAGCCAUACCUCCACUGAAAAAUGCCAUUUUGGGGAGAUAUUUGUCUCUCUGUCAGCUCUCAGUAGUCCAAAACAAAGUAAAUGAUAACUGCCACAUACCGCCAUAGUGCUGUGGAAAUUAAAACCUAGCUGUUUCCUGAAACUGAAAAUAAUAUAUUUAUUAUUAUUGGUAAAGUUUUGGGGCUAAGUGUAAGUUUUUAUAUUGUUAUACUUGGACUUCAUCACAUUGUUUGUAAACUUAGAGAUGACACUGGUGCUAAUUUCUUUUUGUGGGUUUUUAUGGCUGAGUGCCUGUAAUCUUGUAUCUAGUUUGUUGCAUGUUUUCCUACAGACAUUUUCAGUGCAUUUUUCCCCAAAAGUUUAUAAUUUUAUAGUUCUUUUCUAACAAUUAUUCUAAGAUUUAAGACAAUGCAUUUCCUGUUGUGGCAUGGAGUUUUUUUUUUUUUCCAAGAGUGAUUUCUAUCUUACUUAAGAAAAAAGAAAGUCAGAUCAUUUUUCUUUGAUAUCUGUAUUUAAGAGUACAAAACUACAGAAUAACAUCACAUGUUUAAAUUUAGAACUUGAUAGCCACUUGUAAUAUUCUAGGAUUAAAGCCAACUGCCUAGCCAUGUUUUUAAUGUAUACUAUGGCUUUUUAUUAUAUUGAAACAAGAAAUUCUUUAAAUACACUUUGAAAAUGAAAAAUGA